AUGAAGACAACAAGUGUUCUGGCACUGGCAGGCCUGCUAACAUCAGUCAAUGCUCACGGCUACCUGACUAUUCCCUCAAGUCGUACACGCUUGGGAUUUGAGGCUGGCAUUGAUACCUGUCCUGAAUGCUCUAUCCUUGAGCCCGUCACUGCUUGGCCAGAUGUGGAAGCAGCACAGGUGGGCCGCAGUGGACCAUGUGGAUACAAUUCCCGAGUUAGCGUGGAUUACAACCAGCCAGGCGAUUAUUGGGGCAAUUCCGUGGUGGCCACGUAUACUGCCAACGAUAUUGUCGAAGUGCAAUGGUGUGUCGACAAUAAUGGCGAUCACGGUGGCAUGUUCACCUACGGUGUCUGCCAGAACCAAACUUUAGUCGACUUGUUUUUGACCCCUGGAUAUCUCCCAACCACAGCGGAAAAACAAGCGGCUGAAGAUUGUUUCUUGGACGGUGAACUGAAGUGUACUGAUGUUGACGGACAAGCUUGUGGCUAUAACCCUGACUGCACGUCCGAUCAAGCAUGCUACCGCAAUGAUUGGUUCACUUGCAACGCUUUCAGUGCCGAUUCCAACCGCGGGUGCCAAGGUGUGGAUGGCGCUGCUUUGAACUCCUGCAAGACAACUAUCGCCGGCGGUUACACCGUCACAAAGCAGAUCAAGAUCCCGAACUAUAGCUCGGAUCACACACUGCUUCGUUUCCGAUGGAACUCGUUCCAGACGGCUCAGGUGUAUCUCCACUGUGCCGAUAUUGCUAUCACUGGAUCCGGUUUAGCAUCAACCUCCACUACUACUUCCACCAAGUCGACCACAACAACCUCUGCCACUAAGACUAGCACCACCGCUUCUUCGAUAACAUGUACCGGUGCCACGUCUCUUGCAGUGACCUUUAACGAGCUUGUUACUACUACAUAUGGUGAAAAUGUCUAUGUUAUUGGCUCAAUUAGCCAGUUGGGCUCGUGGUCUACCUCGUCUGCGAUCUCUCUUUCUGCAAGCUCGUAUACAUCGUCUAACCCAUUGUGGACUGCCACAAUUUCUCUCCCCGUCGGUACCACGUUUGAGUACAAGUUCAUUAAGAAGGACUCGGACGGCAGCAUCGUCUGGGAGAGCGACCCGAACCGAAGCUAUACUGUACCAACUGGCUGCUCGGGCACCACCGCUACCGCAAGUGCAAUUUGGAGGUAG